ACUCAGAAUCUUCUCAGUGUAACUCAGCUGAACUCACAUCUCCUGUCAACAUGUCCUACAACUGCUGCUCUGGAAACUUCUCCUCCCGCUCCUUUGGCAGCUACCUGCGCUACCCAGCCUCCUCCUGUGGCUUUUCCUAUCCCAGCAACCUGGUCUCCAGCACUGACCUCUGCUCUCCCAGCACCUGCCAGCUGGGUUCCUCUCUCUACAGGGGCUGUCAGGAGACCUGCUGGGAGCCCACCAGCUGCGAGAUGUCCUUUGUGGAGUCCAGCCCCUUCCAGACCUCCUGCUACCGCCCCAGAACCUCCUUGCUCUGCAGUCCCUGCCAGACGAGUUACUCUGGGUCUCUAGGCUUUGGAUCCAGCAACUGCCGCUCCCUGGGCUAUGGAUCAAGGAGCUGCUACUCAGUGGGCUGUGGGUCAAGUGGCUUCAGAUCCCUGGGUUAUGGAGGCUGUGGCUUCCCUUCCCUGGGCUAUGGCUCUGGAUUCUGCCGCCCAACCUACUUGGCGUCUAGGAGCUGCCAGUCUUCUUGCUACAGACCAACUUGUGCAUCAGGCUUCUAUUAUUGAUCAUCUUGUUAAAUUGCUAAUUUUGUUGGCCAAUGCCAUUAAUGCCUCUACUCAUAACCUUUAUUGUCUUCAUCAUGUACAGAAAGAAUUAGCCUCUUAUCCUCUAAUUAUCAAGUUCUCAGUUUGUCUUUGGCCCCAAAUACUGGCUGGUAGGCUUCAUCUGAAAAACUGUAAUUAGAGUACUAGCUCAAAAUAAAUCUUGAAGUACAUA